CGCUGCGGAGUAAAUGGACACUCAGCAUCGGCUCCCUGAUUGUCUGUCUGUAUCGAGCUGCUGUUUAGUGCAACAAAGAAACCGUCGCUACAUCGCUGAAAUAUGAAAUAACAUCGCGGGAAUAACAUUGUUGUCAUUAACCGAGAAGAGCAGAGGCCUCUAGUGUUCUUCCCGCGCCGAGAAAUCCUCAGAGAAAAGUGUCGUUUGGAGACGAGUUGAGUUUCUACUCGUGUCACAACACCCAAAAUACUUUAAACCAAAAGUGGAAGUGAAACUGCAGAAAAACUUGCCCACACGGAGCGGCAACAGUUCUAUCUUUCUGAAGACAUUUGUGGCAUGAAACCAGAUCGCGUAGAUCUUUCAUUCAUAACCUCCUCCUCCUUCAUCUCCCUCCACCACUCUUCAGAUAGAAACUCUCAAUUCAGCUCCGCCUUGAUGAGGUAACGUUGAGCUCCACGCAGCGCAGCACCCACCUGCAAAGACACCAUCCUUCCUUCCCUCCUUCUGUCAACCCUUCCACCGCAGCAAUGGGCCAAAAGAUCUCUAGCAGCAUUAAAUCGGUAGAUGUACGCGGGGAAAGCGGUGGCUCCCCAUCCUACCGGCCCUCGGCUCACAGACGGCAGCACCCGGAGUUGAGGGGACCAGAUUUCUCCAAGCCUCCCAGGCUGGAUCUCCUCCUGGACAUGCCAUGUGCUGGAAUGGAGACCCAGCACCGCCAUGCGUGGAACCCUGACGACCGCUCCCUUAACAUUUUCAUCAAAGAUGAGGAUAAGUUGACGUUCCACCGCCACCCGGUCGCUCAGAGCACGGACUGCAUCCGGGGGCGGGUGGGAUACACAAGGGGUCUCCACGUCUGGAAGAUUCACUGGCCCUCCCGGCAGCGCGGCACCCACGCCGUGGUCGGGGUGGCAACUUCUGAAGCUCCUUUACAUUCUGUAGGGUACACGGCGUUGGUGGGGUCAGACUGUGAGUCCUGGGGCUGGGAUCUGGGACGCAACCGGCUCUACCAUGACAGUAAGAACCGGGCCCAGAGCUCACUGCCCUCAUACCCUUGUUUCCUAGAGCCGGAGGAGUCAUUCACCCUGCCGGACUCUCUGCUAGUGAUUCUAGACAUGGACGAAGGCACGCUGAGCUUCAUGGUAGACGGACAGUAUCUAGGUGUGGCAUUCAGAGGGCUGAAGGGCAAGAAGCUAUAUCCCAUCGUCAGUGCUGUAUGGGGACAUUGUGAGAUAUCCAUGAAGUACAUCAACGGCCUGGAUCCCGAGCCUCUGCCUCUGAUGGACUUGUGUCGGCGUGCGGCCCGUCUGGCGCUGGGUCGGGAGCGGCUUCAGGAGAUCGAGAGCCUCCCUCUGCCCCAGUCCCUCAAAAAUUACCUCCAAUACCAGUGACUGACACCAGCAGAGCCGACUGCCAGUGCAAGGACACAAACCCGACCACCAGAGAGUCUAAAGAUGAAUGGAUGAAAGAAAUUGAUUAAACAAAGAGGGGGAUGAUGAAAGCAGGAAGAACGUCCACACUGAGGGCACCACAGCUCUA